AUUGGACGCACUUCCGGCAGUCCAGCCUAUGGGCGGGAUCAGACAUGCGCAGUCGAUAGCCAGCUGCGUGGGGGGAAAGAGGGCAAAGAAGGAGUAGAAAGUUCGAGAAAAGACAAGAAAGCUGUGAAUUAGUCGCCCGGCGGUGUUGGCGAACAUUGAGGAGAAACGUGUCCAACAUGGCGGAGCGAAGGAAAAGGUUGUUUUGAAGGCAUGAACCGGAAACCAGGAGUGUAAAGAGGCCGUCACCAUGGCAACGCAGUUCACCAUCGAUGACGCCUUCGUGCUGGACGGCGAGGAGGAGGAGGGAGACGUGUCCCAGGUGGACCCCGCGGACUGGAGGGGCCGAGACAAGGACCGGGACGGAGAGAUGACCUUUGGCCCGCUGACCUUCUCCAAGACUCAUCCUCAUCCUCAUCCCUCCCCCGCCAUGUCCACCUCGCCUGAGCACAGCAACCUCAAGUACCAGAAUCUGGAAAAUGAAGACCCCCUGGGGAGCAGUGGCAACUCCUCUUUUAAUAACUUCUUCAAAAUCAGUGAGUCGUCCACUUUGUCCUACUGCAGCUCUCAGUGGUCAUUCAGCACCUUGAGCUCCGUCACACACCUCUCUGCACACUGCUGCGGGUGGGUGUCACAUCCGCUGGUGAAGAAGAACAGAAAAGUAGUCCUGGCCUCCUUCCUGCUGCUGAUCACUGGAGUGGCUCUUAUUUUUACAGGUGUCGUCAUCCAGCUGAGUCCAAACGCAGGUGUUUCAAGCGCUAUUUUCUUUGUCCCUGGAUUCCUUCUCUUCAUCCCUGGAGUGUAUCACGUGAUAUACAUCAGCUGUGCUGUCCGUGGAAGACGAGGCUUCAAAUUGUUCUACUUGCCUUAUUUUGAAAAAUGAUCUGACGUUGUUCAUUUAACACACGCAGCCUUCAGUAUUGUUUUCUAACCACUGACACUUCAACCACUGACUGUUACCACUCCAUGACUGACAUGUGACAUGUCAAUACUGACUGUGAAUGACAAUAAAACCUUUUCACUUUU